AUGAAGGACCUCGGCGCCCUGCACUUCUUCCUGGGCAUCCGCGUCACGCGCACGGCAGCCGGCUUCUUCCUCUCGCAGCAGCAGUACGCCGAAGAUGUGCUGGAACGUGCCGCCAUGGACAACUGCCGCUCAGCUCCUACGCCGGUGGACACCAAGGCCAAGCUGCCCGCUGCUGACGGUCCGCGCGUCGCUGAUCCGUCCUCCUAUCGCAGCAUCGCCGGUGCACUCCAGUACCUUACAAUCACGCGACCGGAGCUGGCCUACACCGUCCAGCAAAUCUGCUUGCACAUGCAUGAUCCCCGUGAGUGCCACGCCGGGUUGAUCAAGCGUGCGCUGCGCUACCUGGACGUUCGUGUCUACACUGACGCGGACUGGGCCGGGUGCCCCGACACCCGGCGCUCUACUUCCGGCUACUGCAUCUAUUUGGGCGAUGCGCUGGUGUCCUGGUCGUCCAAACGCCAGGCCACUGUCUCGCGCUCCAGCGCCGAGGCGGAGUACCGCGGCGUCGCCAACGCCGUCGCUGAAAGCGUCUGGCUCCGGCAGCUUCUUGGGGAGCUGCGCUGUCCCAUCUCCAAGGCCACACUUGUCUACUGCGACAACAUAUCUGCUGUCUACAUGUCUGUGAACCCGGUGCAUCAUCGUCGCACUAAACACGUCGAGCUCGACAUCCACUUCGUUCGCGAGCGGGUGGCUCUUGGCGAGUUUCGCGUGCUGCACGUUCCCACGCGCCAACAGUUAGCAGAUGUCAUGACCAAAGGUUUGCCAACGGACAUUUUCCAAGAGUUCCGAUCCAGUCUUUGCGUCUCGACAGCCGACAUCACGACUGCGGGGGGUGUUAGGAUAUACUGUAUAGUGUACCGUGGCGUGUGUGUAUUCUACUGUACCUAG